AUGGAGGUAAAAAAUCCACAAGUAGCCGUACUCUGUAACAACGAGGUUUUUGAAUUACUAAAAAAAACUCAAGAAAAUACAAAACUCAUUGGAGGCAUGAACCAUUCAACAAUUUUAUACGAAGUUAACAAGUAUUUAGAGCAGAGAGCAUGUGCAGAACAAAAUCCAAAUAAAAUAAGGGAAUUCCUUAUCAAAUUAAAACAUAUGCCAAUUAAUCUAUCAAAAAAGGAAAAACUGAUGUUAGUUAACGAUCCACCAGACUCAGUUUUACGAUUAUCUUUGGGUAUCAAAGAUUUCUAUGAUAGGCUUAGCGAACCAGAAACCGAAAUGUUAUUAUUUGCUACAAAACAAUUUUCUGGAGAGUUCGAAAUUAUUACUAAGCAAGAACUAGUAGAAGAAGAAGAAGAAGAAGAAGAAGAAAAUAAUUAA